AUGGAAGAUGAUAUAUGUCCAAAAUUUGAUCUUUUGAGGAAGUAUUUACCCGAUGAAUCAAAUAAAAAUGGAGAAAUUGAACUUAAUGAAAUUAAAGAUUACGAAAAAUACUGUCCUGGUCAUAACUGCAAUACUGAAAUCGAAAAAAUUACGAUUGGAUUUUUAUGGUUACUUGGACAAUGUUAUUCUGCAUUAAAAAAUAAAAGUCAUAAUAAUACUAAUGCAUUUUUUAUAUAUUUGAUUUCAUGGUUUAGUUACAAAUUAAAGCAAAACAUAGGGAACAAUGCCAUCACAAUAAAAGAUUUUUAUAAUAAUAGUGUAAUUGGUAGUGGUAAAUAUAGUAAAUUUACAACUGAUGCCUAUAAAAUUUCAGGUUUUGACGAAUUCAUGGAUGAACAAAAUGAUUUGAUGAAUAUUAAUAUUGAAGAUAUGUCUAAAUUUUAUGAUGCAUUUAAAUUAUUAUGUAAUAUGUAUUAUAAUUAUACAGCGAAUCAAAAUGACACCAUACUGUUAAAUAGUGCAAAUGAUUUUGUUGAAAAAUAUACAAACCUUAACAAUAACUGUAAUAUUGAAGGUACCGCACGUAGUAAAAUAUUUUCUGCUUUAUCAACUAAUUAUGACAAUUUUAAAAAUCAUUGCAAUAGCAAAGGUGUUAAAUGUAAAGAUUUUCCAUCCCUUCCAGAGAUAACAAAAUUUUCUGCACUAUCAUCUGGAUAUACAUCAAGUUCGUCGAUAGGAAAGAGAUUAUUUACAGUUUUAUCGAUAUUUGGUACAAUAGCAUUUUUGUUAGGAAUUUCUUAUAAGUAUUCGCUAUUUGGAUUUCGGAAACGAGUUCAAAAACAAAAAUUAAGAGAAAAAAUAAAAAACAUAAAGAAAAAAAUUAAUCAUUAA